AUGGCAGCGAUAUCCCAAGUAAAAUGGAUAUUUCACGAAGAAGGAGAGGAGGAAUUACAACUCUCUGCAGCAAUUGAGUUAGAGGCUGGGGGCAACUCCGCCGGUUCCUAUGGACCGCUGAACUUUUCCGCAGAGAUUAAAGCGGAAACCGGCAUAAGCUGGAUGAAGACAGUUAAGACACAAUAUGCCCAUGAUACUACAAUCGAUGAGACAAAACUCUAUGUUCCGAUUCCUAUAAGAGCAAAGCUGAUGAGCGAUGUCAUUUCUGCCUACAAUACCUCUUUUGCUUUGUUCUUGGGUGCCUGGGGAGUGACCGUGAACACGGGGGGUGUUGCAUCAGACGAUUAUAGGCUUGAUAGGCAUCAGGAUCAGAUAAACAACGGAAUCUCAAAAAAGUGA